CUUUAAAAACAGUUCAUGGUUUUAAACGGCGUCAUGUUCAUUUUGACAUUGGCUGGAGCGGCUUACACUUUGGACCAUGGAAUUGAAUAUUCCAAGUUGAGUCCAUGGCUGAAAACCAGGCUUUUGCAGCUUGUUGACGGAUAUGAACACAAUACAAGGGACAGAAGAAUCAUGGAUAUGAUACAAGAAUUUAUCGGCUGCUGUGGUUCCAUAAGUGCAGGAGACUAUGACAACAUUGGAAGAGAGAUUCCUGAUACAUGUCGACAUCCUGUGACAGGAAACGAUUAUGUUGAUGGAUGCUACGAAGUAUUUGCCUGGUAUUUGGAGACCAAAAGCGGUUGGAUUGCUGGGGUCGCUCUCUUCCUUUGCUUGUUUCAGAUUGUUGCUAUGGUGUCUUCAUGGAUCCUUGCUCGUGGGAUCAUCAUCGACAUGCAAAGAUCCGGGUAUUACGAAUGAAUGAUUAAAUUUCAUUGUGGAUGAAAAUGACUAUUGAAUGUCGACAACUUUGGUUUAAAUGCUGAGGGUCCCAUGUUUUUUUCAAGUGAGU